AAAAGCAACAAAAAUCAAAUUGAACUUUCUUUGGACGCGAGGACUUCUGGACACCGGCUAUCUGCGGUCGAUCAGAUAGAUGGUUCGUCCACAGCGCUGCCCGGAUCAUGAACGCGCAACUGUCGAUGGAUAUUGGCGACCUGCACGGAGUGAGCCAUGAGUCCGUGGCCGGUCACGGAGACCUGCUCAGUGGCCACAGUCCGCACGGCCGCCCGAACCACCGGGGUCUAAGCCACCGCGCCAUGGGCAUGGCGACCCUGCUGGACGGCGGAGACUACCACCCCGGACACCACGGACACCUACACCCCGCCAUCAGCAUGUGCGAGCCCCCUGGCAUGAGCGCCAGCAGCACUUACACGACCCUAACCCCCCUGCAGCCCUUACCGCCCAUCUCCACCGUGUCCGACAAGUUUCCUCCCCAUCACCACCACCACCACCACCACCAUCCCCAUCAUCCGCACCAUCACCCCCACCAGAGGAUCCCCGGGAAUGUCAGCGGGAGCUUCACGUUGAUGCGUGAGGACCGGAGUCUGGCCCCCAUGAACAGCCUGUACCCCGCAUAUCAUCACAAAGACCCGUCGUGCAUGGGCCAGAGCCUCUCCCCGCUGUCUGGCUCCGGUCUGGCCAGCAUACACACGACCCAGGCCGAUCCCCCCUACGCCCACCCCGGCGCCGCCAUGCCCGGGGAGAAGAUGCUCACCCCCAGCGGGUUCGAGGCUCACCACCCGGCCAUGCUCGGCAGACACGCGGAGCAGCACAUGAGCUCCUCGGCGGGCAUGGUACAGAUCAACGGCCUCCACCACCACCACCACCCACACGCCCACGCUGGUGCGCAGGGGCACGGCCAGGGGCUGGGGAACAGCCGGGAGCAGGCCUCCGGGCCCGGGCAGCAGGGUGGUGGUGGUGUUUCUGGGGGCCAGAUGGAGGAGGUGAAUACCAAAGAGGUGGCGCAGAGGAUCACCACGGAGCUGAAGCGCUACAGCAUCCCUCAGGCCAUCUUUGCCCAGAGGGUCCUGUGCAGGUCCCAGGGGACCCUGUCCGACCUGCUGAGGAACCCCAAACCCUGGUCCAAGCUCAAGUCCGGCAGAGAGACCUUCCGCCGCAUGUGGAAAUGGCUGCAGGAGCCUGAGUUCCAACGCAUGAGUGCUCUCAGGCUCGCAGCAUGUAAGCGUAAGGAACAAGACCACGGCAGGAGCGAGCGGGGAAGCGUUUCCAAGAAGCCGCGGCUGGUGUUCACAGAUGUGCAGCGGCGGACGCUCCACGCCAUCUUCAAGGAGAACAAGCGUCCAUCCAAAGAGCUGCAGAUCACCAUCGCCCAGCAGCUGGGCCUCGAGCUGGCCACAGUCAGCAACUUCUUCAUGAACGCACGCCGCCGGAGCCUGGAUAAGUGGGUGGACGACGGCUCCGGUCACCCGCCCAACUCUGGCCCCAACGCCUGCAUCAAAGCCUGAAGACGGACUGAUUUGACCAACUCAUGGACUGACUCAACCUCGGUGGAAAAGCUUUAAAACUUGAGAGAAAAACAAAGAGAAACUUAAAAAGACAUUGAAGCAACGUUUUGCCCUUAAACCUGUACUAUAUUGAUAUUUAUAGUAUCCAAAGAUGAAAAGACGAACCAAAGACUUCUUGUUUGACCUGCUUUGAAAAGUUUGUUUCAGCAACACAUUUAAGUGUAACAUACUGCAAAAAGACUAUAGUUUUACCCCCCCGCCCUCCACACAUACUCACUGUCACUGGUCUCUAGCUUUACUACAACCCCCCACACCUCCCGACCCAGUAUCAAUCUAUCAUUCGCCAUCCUUAUCUUUAAUCUGAUUGGUUGGUUUUAAUGAUGGGUACCUAAAUGGAGGUUUAAUCAGCCUAUUCACAGUCUGAUCUGCAGCUGUCCACACCCUUGAAAAACAGCCAGAAUGUGGAGCUCCAGUGGGAUUGGCCAAUCAACUUUAAAGACAAAAAAUCCUACAGGAGCGACUGGAUUGUUGUGCAACUUUGUUUGGAUCGGUGUCGGUGGACUGUCUGUCUAUCUGUCUGUCCAGCUGUCUGUCCCUCUAUCAAGCAUUCCAGACAGACGGGGAAAUGCCCAUGCAUGCGUAGACUGCUAACCCAACAAAAAAACACAACCCUGAACCAAACCAAAAAAACAAAAACCUAACCUCAACCCACAUGGUAGUGCUUUCCUCAAACGUGCUGAAGCGUUGAAUGAUUCAAACAAGAGAAACCAAAGCCUCCUACAGCCUCCUACACCCUGAAGCCUCUCAUGCAGCUUAGAAAUAACAAACCACUUCAGAACCUGCUAUGAAGUAAUUUGACCAAAGAGUAUAUUUUGUAGCUGAUCAUGUUAAGAGUAUUUUUACCUCAUUUCCUCCCUCACCUUCUGAGACAGACUGUUAGUUAGGCGCCACAAAGAAGAGAAUUUCACCGCAAAUGGAAACACUAUAUGACACAACCCUGAAAAUUAACUAUUGAUAUUUGCCUUAUAGAUGCCUUCUUAAAUCAAACUAAAUAUUAGGGUCAUAUCACUCUAGAGGAUGUUCCUGCAAAUGCUCAUUGUGAGGAUUAAUCAUCACAGAUGCAUCCUUUCCUGUAAGUCUGUUUAGCUAAUGCCUACAGAUUUAGCUCACGCUAAUGUGUUCAAUUACCAGCAGCUGGAAAACAAAGACUAAUGCAUUCAGUAGUGUGUUUUUCUCUGCAAAGGCGGAAAAAAACAAAAGAUUCUGGCCCUCACGCUCUCUGUGUGGUUGUGACACAUUGAAGGAGACAGGCGGCCUCUGAUGUUUUUUAUCGUUUUUUCAGGACAAACUGUGUCACCACUCUAAUAAUAAGCGUUCAGCCUCGCUCCGUCGUCCCUGUGUGCUUCAUGCGUAUUUGAUUUUAUCGCCUCAUCAAAGAUGUCGGGUGGAGGGGAUGAUAUCAAUGAUCAAAUCACUUUCAGGCACUUACACAGCAAUGUCACCUCGUCACCUGAAUACCAAAGCACCCCACCCUCCUCUUUGCCAAUCCCCAGACAGACACCCCCUCUCCCUCUCCUCCCUCCCAUCCUGCCUCCACUCUCCCGGUACGCUAUGCAUUUCAGCACUAGGAGGAAAGCACUACACGGGGCUGGCCCAGGGCAGCGCAUCAUUAAAUAUAUUGAGCCGGUCCCCUUUGCCGUCAUCCUCCUCAUGGCCAGGGUUAGCAGCUCUACAUUCAUCAGAACAAGAAGGAGAGGCGAGACGGGAGCUGCCUCUUCACCACUGAAAGAAAAAACCAAAAAUGACGACAAGAAACAAAAAAUGUGUCGAGACCUGCUUCUGUUUUAUAGUGUGAACCAAAGAUGCUACCUCACUCAAGUUCCAUACGUGAUUUCUAUCACUUUGAUGAUACCAAAGAUAACCAAAGAUUUUUUCUCAUUGCACGGCCUCUAUGAGUGGUGUUUAAAGAUGUUGUAUGUCUCUCCCCCCCCCCCCCACCUCUCUCUCUCUCUCUCUCUCUCUCUCUCUCUCUCUCUCUCUUCCUUUCUUCUCCCCUUUCUCCCCCUCCCACCUGCGCUCAACCCAUGCACCCCUGCUAUGCUUGCUCUUGCUUCAUCUGUGCUCUGAUUACAGCUCCAUAGAUAGUCAUGCUGAUGUAGCUAUAGGCAGAUAUGCUGAUGCAGCCAUAGAUACACACAAGAGGCCAUGCAGGUGCCUGUGGGGUACCAGUGAACCUGCUAGCAAUGUGAUCCUCCGUUCUUUGUGCAUGGUAGCACUAUCAAAGUAUUCAUUUCUAUCAUGAAAUGUAAAAGGUGACAUUGUGGCUUUAUAAAAAAAAAUACCGUUUUAGUUCGGUUCAUGAUUCAUUUCAAAAUAAUCUAUGUGAAUUUGACAGAGUACCCCGGCUGGAGUGUCUUUUUUUUCAGCUUUUUUUUCUACUCUGCCCUGCCUCUUUGUGUGUAUCUAUAGGUCGCUAAUAUUGAUCCACCAUAUAGGUCAGACGUCUUGACAUGAACGUAGACAGACAAGCUGACAUGGGCAGAUUUGUUGACUCAACUAUAGGCAGACAGUUCCUGAAAGUAGAAGCAGACGUGUUGCAAUCUUUCUAAAACUCCCAGGACGAGUGCCUUGCUUGAACCAAAGUGUUAAACCGCUGUUGACCUCUCACCUUUGACUCUGUGAAUACCUCAGCCUGUAGAAGGGCCACUACUGAAGAAACAAGGAAAACGUAUUUUUUUUUUUUUUAAAUCACACCGUGGUGCUUUCGCCAGCGCAACCAUGCAAUGAAAACAUACCAAAGGAAUUUCUCUUGUCCACUUCUACAGAUUAAACCAAAGGUCUUUGUUUCUCCUCCUCUGCCCCCUUCUUCUCCUCCAUCCCUCCUUUUCCCAACCUUCCUUGUCUCUCUGCUGUGUGUAGGAAGGUUCAGCACUCUGGCCGUGCAUGUCUUUACCAAUGUCUCUGAAUACCUCAUAGUAAUAAUUCCUUUGAGUUCUGCAUUGAGAUGUCUAUCUGUGAGUAAGGCAGAACUCCACUCGUGUGGUAACUGUUAUUGUUAAUUCAAAAAGCUGUAUGAUUAUCUAUUUUAAAGCUGUUGGGUUUUUUUCGGCAGAAGUGCUCUGUUUCGAGUCACGGAGGACGAGUUUCAGGGUUGAUGUAUGAAACUUAAGGGAUGGAGGGAGAGGCAUAUUUUUUAUCAGACAUUGGGUUAUGCCAAUAUUAUGAUGGUAGACUAUUGCUUUUACAGGGUAAAACCAACUGCUGUGAUAUUGUGUUCAUGUUUUCCCUUUUCUCUACUUCUGUGUUGUGAUUUUAAUUUAAUUGCAUUUUGUAAUGGUUAACCACUGCUUUAAUUUAUGCAUUUGUAGAAACUCUAGAUUUGUAUAUAGUAGUUUUUUUGAAAAAAAAAAAGAAGAAGACAGUUUUAUGUUACAGCCUUAUUUCCCACGCUUAGAUAUAAAAAAAGGAGUAGUUUGUAUUCUUCUUCAGCUAAAUCCUAGCCGGCAUUUCAAUGUGUGUUUUAAACACUGCCAGAAACCCAAACAGUUGAUUUGCCAAUGCAGACAAAGUUAAACAGGAGCUACUUUGUUGAACAGCUGGCAAAAAGCAGUGUGUACGUGUGUGUGUUUUUUCUAUUCUUUUGACUUUUUAAAAAAACGGUUAUUUUAUGGGUAUUACUGCACAUCCAAAGAUUUUUAAAACAAACCAAAAAUUGGAAAAAAAUAUGUAUAAUGUUGAAAAAGCACUGGCAUUUGUGAGGUAGACUUGUUGAGUUUUGAUUUGCCAUUCGCACGGGUAUAGAAUGUAGGAGGCGUAGGGCUAUGUAGACAAGCUUACUCUACCAUGUGGGGAAUCUCCUUUUCAAUGUACAAUCUGAAGCAUUUGAAACGAGGACUGCAAGUCCCGCUCACUUUGCUGUCUCAUGCACAGAGUGAGGUGGAGUGUGGGCUGGGCAGCCGGUCUGCCAGGGGCUGUGCCGCGGAGCUGGGUCUGUUUUUAUUGCCGUGGCACUGCCGCCUCGCUCCAUCUAGUAUCUGUUCUUUUGGUACGUACUCGUGUAAUGACUAUGAGCAAAGUCUAAUAAAACUGCAAAGAACCUUACCAAGGAAUCAGUGUGUGAGUGUGUAUGGGGACGAUUCACCUGCUCAUUUCUGUUUUCUGUCCGUGUGAGUGAGUGUGUGUGCAACUCAAAUGUCAAGUACUGCUGAGGUUUUGUGUGUGUGUGUGUGUGUGUGUGUGUGUGUGUGUGUGUGUGUGUGUGUGUGUGUGUGUGUGUGUGUGUGUGUGUGUGUGUUAGUUUUUUUCUCCACUUCGUGUCCAUCCAUUGUUACAACCUGUAUGUACUGCUGGUGUGUAUGCAUGCACGUGACUGAUUGGUGCAUAUCCCAACAGUGGGUUUGACUCCCCCUGGUUGUCAGAGGCCUUACUGUUAGUACUGCUUCCUCUCUGUCAUGCAGACAGCACAAUAUCAGCAUGCUAUGCAGUCAUUAUGUCAUAGAAUGGAGAAUGUGAACGUUUUCCACCAAAGUAUACAGGUGCUUACAUAACCGUUAUAAAAGCCUGAGUUACAGAGGGAAUGGAUAAUCCAUAUUUUUUCCCCCAUUUUCACAUUGGCUGUUAUUUAUUUUGUCCACAAGGGGUUCCCAUAUGAUGGGUAGCUUGGCUACAAGUCUCAUAACAAUACUGCGGCGCCGAAGACAAUCAUCUGGAUCUCUAACGCUGGGGAACUAGUUUAUCACCCGCAGAGGGGUGUCCUCCAGCUAUUCAUAUACAAAGAUGCUUGAAGGGUUUUGAUAAACAAGCAUAUUUGUUGUCAUAGACAUUUAGGAAUAGAUAACAGUAGUAGUUCAUCUUGCACUUGCAUUUCAAAAUGAAAUCUCAUUGCUCUCGUCAGCCUUGUGCUCUUGUCAACCUUGAUCUCUUUCUUUUGAGCCUCCUUCUCAACUCACAAUGCUUCUUCAGUUUUCAGUGUGUGUGCGUGUGCAUGCGUGAGUGCCUGAGUGUGUGCACGUGUGUGCAAAGAGAGGCAAUGCUGUCAGUGUUGUUCUCAGAUGUAUAACUCCAUGUCUCAUGACUUGAUUUGUCAUUGCUGUUUCCCAGGCUUUGCUACUGCUUUCUCAGUGCCGUGCAAUAUCAUCUGUUGUGAUUGCUAAGCAAAUGAAAAAAAGAAAAAAAAAAGAAAGAAAAUUGAGAAGCAAGUGAUGAUGUCAUCCAGCUUUUUUCAGUGUUCAAAAUGUUUCAACAUUUCUGUAGUCACAAAAAGUAGAAAAUAAACUGUUGGUAUU